GCCUCUGGGGCUCCGCUUGUUGUCACCCCCCCCCCCAGUGGGAUGCUGCAAGGGAAGUUCCCUUGAGAGUGGAUGGAAAGAAAAGGAAGUUUCUAGAAUUGGCACUCUGGGAUUUCACAGUACAGCCAGCACCUCUGAUUUAUACUGCAGCCUUGCAAGGCCUAUUGCUGCUCAACACGGGAGGCCAAUGUACCACCACACAUGUGCCCCCAGAGGUGUUUUCUGGUGUUCACAGGGUCUCGUCCCCUCCUUGCCCCUCCUUUCACUGAAAUCAGGGUUGAAAGAAACCUUCUGUUGUAGCCAAUAGAUGCCUCAUUGCACCAUGGAGGGCAUUUUUGGCGGUGGGUAAGAGCUGGGUAAGAGAGGGUUACCCAGACACGGUGGCAGAAUGGAUCAGGUGUUGGAAGGCUAGGGUUCAAAUCUCUGCUCUGCCACAAAGCUUAGCAGAUGAAUGUGGGCCAGUCAGUGUCCCCCAGUCUAACCUAUCUCACCGGCUUGUUGUGAGUGUAAAAUGCGGGAGGAGAAGCGUGUUUGUCACUCUGAGCUCCUUGGAGGGUGGGAGAGGGAAAAAUAGGUAAGCAAACAGAUUGGCAAAACGUUCUCAGAAGGAGUUGGAUGCUGAAUGUGCAGAGGUAAGCUGAUACGUGAACAUGUAGAAAAGUAAACAUGUAGAAAAUUCUGGGAGCUCUUGUUCUCCACAGUCUUGUUUUCAAAAUUUCACUGUCUCUGGUCCUUUGGGAGAAAUAGGGUAUUGUCCGCCCCCCAACCACAAAAAAAAUUACCUUAGUGCCAAGUGCUUCCAACCAUGUGCAGACUGUUCUGUUCCCUUUUUUUAAAGGAACAAUGAAAUCACUGGACACACCUGUUUUAUAUUUUGUGUUCCAGCAAUUGAAUGCAAAGAUGAAAUUCUGACUAGUUUUGCAACCUGCAAACCUGCAUUUAAUCAACCUGCUGCAUUUCAAUGUCCUAAAAGAGCGGAAGUUGCUUCUUGGGCUGCUAGUCAUUUUAGGCAAAGCUUCAUUUGCAUUUUUGAACAUCCUCUCCCCCCCUUCCAAAACAAACAGGCCGUUUCCACGCAUUCCCUGCUCGCCCCCAUCACCCCUAGGGAGCAGCCUGCCCAACCCCAUUGGCCUCUGCUGGCUGCCAAUAGAUGUUCCUGUGAUAUAAAUGAUAAAUGGCUUUUUAUAGGCAAAAAUAGUCAGUGGUUGUGUCCGAUAGUCUGCCAAGCCAGCAGCUGAAGCCAGCCUGGAUCUAUCAAAGCGCGUAUUCCCCCUCUCUCUGGUUGCCUUAAAUGGCUUUUGUGUGUUUCCUUUUUUGCCUUUGCUAGCGGUUGUGAACCUUUUCUACCUUGUGCCCCCUCCCAACCGCAACUCAACCCUACCGCAGGUUGCAUCCUGUGCAGCAACCCAGGAUUUAAGUAAGGGGGGGGGGACACAACCCCUUUGCUGUGGUGAAGAAAGAAGAAAUAUUGGGAUGUUUUUAGAAAAUAAACAGUGGACUAGGCCCUGGCUGGCGGCGCUGAAGCCCUCCUGGACUGACAGGGUGGACCCUGAAGGCUCUUGUGGACAGUGAAGGUCCUCAGUACCUCCCUGCUCAUGGCAGAGGUUCUUCAAGUCCAGCGGGCCCAUAUGCACAGCCCCAUCCUCAGGCUGCGGUACAUGGUGAAACAGUUGGAGACGGGAGAAGUGAAUCUUGUGGAGCUGAAGAAGAACUUGGAAUAUACUGCUUCGUUGCUGGAAGCUGUCUACAUUGAUGAGACCAGGCAGAUCUUGGACACGGAAGAUGAACUCCAGGAGAUCAAGUCUGAUGCAGUUCCCUCUGAGGUGCGGGACUGGCUGGCCUCCACGUUCACGCAGCAGACCCGCUCCAAGGGACGUCGAUCUGAGGAGAAGCCCAAGUUCCGCAGCAUUGUGCAUGCUGUUCAAGCUGGCAUCUUUGUUGAAAGGAUGUUCCGUCGGACAUACACGGCGGUGGGGCCGAACUAUUCUCCCUCUGUCAUCAACUGCCUGAAGACUCUUGACCUUUGGUUUUUUGAUGUCUUUGCGCUGAAUAAGGUGAGCGAGGACCAUGCCUUGCGCACGAUUGUCUUUGAACUGCUCACCCGCCACAACCUCAACAGCCGCUUCAAGAUCCCCACGGUGUACCUCAUGACCUUCCUUGAUGCACUGGAGGCUGGUUACGGGAAAUACAAGAACCCAUAUCACAACCAGACACACGCUGCUGACGUCACCCAGACUGUGCACUGCUUCCUGCUUCGCACGGGCAUGGUGCACUGCCUGGCAGAGAUUGAGGUCCUGGCCAUUGUCUUUGCAGCAGCAAUCCAUGACUAUGAGCACACAGGGACCACUAACAGCUUCCACAUCCAAACCAAGUCAGACACGGCCAUUUUGUACAAUGACCGCUCGGUGCUUGAGAACCACCACAUCAGUGCCGUCUUCCGGAUGAUGCAGGAGGAGGAGAUGAACAUCCUCGUCAACCUGACCAAGGAUGAAUUCGUGGAACUCCGGUCACUCGUGAUUGAAAUGGUUCUGGCUACGGACAUGUCCUGCCACUUCCAGCAAGUCAAGUCCAUGAAAACCUCCCUGCAGCAGCUUGAGCGAAUUGACAAGUCAAAAGCACUCUCCUUGUUGCUGCAUGCAGCCGACAUCAGCCACCCCACCAAACAGUGGACGGUGCACUCCCGAUGGACCAAGGCCCUCAUGGAAGAAUUCUUCCGACAGGGGGACAAAGAGGCUGAGCUUGGUUUGCCUUUCUCUCCUUUGUGUGAUCGUACAUCCACGCUGGUGGCUCAGUCCCAGAUUGGCUUCAUUGAUUUCAUCGUGGAGCCCACUUUCCAAGUUCUGACGGACGUGGCUGAGAAGAUGGUCAUCCCCCUGGUGGAGGAAGGCUCCAAGAACAAAUCCUCCAGCCAGCAAAGCAGUUCCCAUUGGCGCCAGCCCUCUGUCGAUGAGCAUGCUGAACUGGGAGACAUCAAUGCUGACAUCAACAGCUUCCGUUCCACCUGGACAAAGUACAUCCAAGAGAACAAACAGAAGUGGAAGGAACGAGCUGCCAGUGGGAUUACAAACCAGACAUCCAUCGAUGAGCUCUCACCCUGCGAGGAGGAGGCGCGCACGCCUGGAAACCAGCACAAUCAGAACGGCAACGUGGAAUAGCACAGCCCGUGGGGGAGCAAGGUCUCCGACGCAAUUUACUCCAAAGUCUUCAAUACCAUCGACUAAGCAUCAUUCGCACAGGGAGGGAGCCUCCCCAGGCUCGAGAAGGGUGUGACAUGAAUGUGACCAUCAAUACUACUAGUAAUAAUAUUAAUAAUGAUAAAUGCAACUGUUAACAAGUCAACAAUGUCGACAUCACACAGCACCCACUGCCUGUCCCAUCCCUGAGUUGCAGAGAAUGAGAGAGAAGCAUAUCCCCCCCCCAUGUAACUCCCGUUCCCCAAGCACCAAUUAGCAAAUGGCCUCGGCAACACCGAGGGCAUACACACACACAGCCCCUUCCCCCUCCCUGCUGUGCCAAACGGGCCGGAUAAGGCUUCUCACUGCCAAUCCAGCGAAGUGACUGCCGAGACCAUUGCCACAUUUUUUACUGUAUUGGCUGAAAUUGCAUUUUGGAGGAGGAGGGUGUCAAGGGAAUGGAGGGAGAAUUGCACCCCUGCAUGAUCAGUAUGGCUCCUAGCAGGCCUCAGGGGUGGACUAAAUUAAUGGCAUCCCACAAAUGCCUCGUAUGAGGUUCCACCUGCAGUUCUCCUCCUGGGUCAAGCCUUGUCCCUUGUAUCAAAAUGUGUAUGCCCUAUACUCAGCCUCCCAUUUUUGUGAAGCCAGAUCAGCCAGCCUCUCUCAACUCACUAUAGCAUUAAAUUAGAUUGGCUCAGAUCUGCAGUGUAUCAAAUCUCACAUUUCUGGAGCAAUAGUUAUAUUGCACAGUGGCCAGGUACUCUGGUAAAGACACACCCAACCCAAGCCCUAAGUGGAUGCCACCUUUAUCUGUGGCCCACUCCUGGCAACUGCGGUUCCACUUGUGAGAUGAGAUUUAGGCAUCUGUUGGAGAGUCACAGGCACCCAUUUUCCUGGCAGCUAUUUGGUCACAUGGGUUUGGGGGGGCGGGUAAAGAGGAAGAGUUGAAUUGCAGUUCCUCAUCCCAUCCAUAGACUGAAUCCAUACUGUCUGCCUAUAGGGGAUGUGCAGUAUGGAUGUUGGAUUAUUCUGGUUAUUCUGCUGCUACUGGGUUCUGGGCAUAGAUAGCUCACAGGACGUCCUAAGUGAUGCAUCUUCUAUGGAUUGAUGCAUUGAUCUGUGCAUUCAUGGGAUCUCAAAAGCCAGUUCAUGGGCUUGGAUGGUCUUUAGUUAAGGACCCUGUCUCCCUUUUUGAUUGAUGCAAUCAUAUCGCUGUGUGCGAUGGAGAUCUUGUAUGAAUGUGAAGAGAGUUCAGAGGAGGGAAUCUCCUGCAGAAGGAGAGCAAAGGGUUUUGCAGAUCAGGACCAGGGUUUAACAUGAGCCAGAAUCCAUUUUUAAUGCCAGGGCUUUGCUGAGUCCUGGCUACAGACCACUCCCACAUAUCUGAAAUCUUGAAGGUAUGUCUUCCAGGUAAGAGGAUUUGCUUCUAGGUAAGCUUGAACCUCAGCAUUCAUCCUCUCUCUCUCUCUCUCUCUCUCUCUUUCAAGAAGUGAGCCAUAAGAGAAGCAGAGCUUUGGAUCCUCAUUGGAUUGUAGCUUGAGGUUGAGAUGCGUCACAGAACAUGUACAUGGAGAGUCUCUUGUGAGUUCUCAUGAGAUUUGGGAUCAUCUAUUGGGUUAAAGGGUUGAACUGGCCAGUUCCCAGCCUGGAGAAGUCUUCCUUCAUGGAAUGUCAACCCAAAUGCUUGCUGCCCCUAGGAGCUGAUAUAACACAGUAGUGCCCUUAUGUUACUGUGCAUGUGCUCAUCUACAGCAGAUAUAGGGGACCUGUAGCCCUCCAGAUGUUACUGACCCACACCUCCUAUCAACCUUGGCAAGCAUAGCCAAGGGACAGGGAUGAUGGGAGUUGAUGUUCAGCAAGAUCGGCAGGCCAGAGGUUCCUCACUAUAGCAUAAGGAAGUAUAGUAUUGGAAAUGGAGGUUGCCAGCAAGAAGUUGGAGAAAAUGGGUUGAGAGACAAAUCAAGUGCAGGGUGAAGCAACCACAUGAUGCUUCAGCACUUGCCAAAUUAUGCAUGGAUCUUGACAAUCCAUGUUCUCAAUAUGACCAUGCGACUUGACACUAAAUUAUGGCAGCAAAUGACACUGAGAAAUUCUGCCUUAGGCCAAUCUUUACAUUCAUAUAAUAAAGCAUAUGGUUCAGUCUCGAUGAGGGCUGUGCCACUGUAGAAUGCCCACUGAAGGAAUGGCAGAUUAAAUGCUCCCUGGCUCAAAAUCCCUGUCUGUGGAAAGGUAGCAUGUCAAGGGAGGGAAUUCCAACAUGACUUCUUCCCAACACGCUCAAUUGUCUCUCAAGCUGUUGGUAUCACACACACAUACACACACACACACACACACACACGGGAAAGCAUUCAGGGUCCUGAGCACCAAGUAAAUGCACGAAACAGUCCUGCAUCCACACAUUGGGCUGAUUGGUACAGCGGCUCCAAGAACAAAGGAAAAGGCACGGCGGACUGUUCUGACUUAUUUCAUGAAUACCCCAGUGCAUUCUGGGGCAAUGUGGUCAUGCAUAUUGACAUGGACAAGCUCUCAGGUGGAAGGAGAGAGAGGGUUGCAUUCAGUGCUAGCCCCCCCUCAGAGUAGACUAACAUAGGUCCAUCAAUUUCAGUGGUUCUGCUCUGAAUAGGGCUAGCACUGGAUACAAUCUCCAGAGACUGUAGUCAGGUGAGUUGGGGGUCUCUGGCCAAGAAGCCAUUUGAAGCUGCUGAAGGUGUACAAGAAGUGAAAAAUCUCCUGUUUGUGGCAAGACAGGAUGCCCCCUCCAUUCCUUCGCAACCAAUGUCUGUCCUAGCCUGAAAUCUCUCAUCACAUGACUUGUGUGAUUUGGACCUCAGUUCCUCCCUAGCUGUAAGCACUUGGAAUGGGGACCUGGUUGAGAAUUGGCUCUUUGGGGCUUCUUCAGCUAUGACUUCCUGUCCGGUGCUUUGAAUGCUUCCCCUGAGACUGAAUGAGGCUGAAUAAGGAAUGUCAAGGGCUGGAGCUACCUUCACCCCAACUCAGCCGUUUCUUCCAGAGUGUCCAACCUGGAAGAAACUUGCAGUUCCCAUCUCUAGCCUCUUUGUCCUCUGACUCCCAGCCCCAGAACUUUGUAAAUAUCCUCUUUGUCAACACAUUUGGUCCGUGGAACUCUGUAUGUGUCUGUACCUCGGACAUGAUUUUUCUACCAUGCAGUAACUUCUUUCUUUCUUUCUUUUUGGUUUUGUUUCUUGAACUCAGAUUCUUAUAACAGCUCCAUACAAUGCAGAAUUCCAAAUUAUGCGCAUGUAAAAGAAACUUAAUAAAAGAAUAAAAGGAAAGUGAUG